UAGGAAGGCCCCCAGCUGUGGCCAGCCCAGGGCCAGGCUGCCCACCGUGCCAGCCCAGUUUCAAUGAUCCACCUGAGGGUUUCCAUCGUGGGCCAGGGGACCGGCAUAGGCGGGCAUCCAGAGCCAGGCAGUGGCCAGCCCAUCCCAGGCAGGGUCAUAGGCGGGGCUGCAGGCCUCGAAGCCGUCAUGUGAAGGCAGCAGCGACCCCAGGCAGGGAGGGCCAGGUUAGCCUUGCACCUGCUCACCCCUUGGCCCUGCGGCCAUGCCGACCCUGGUCGUGGGCACGCUGCCCACCUGCCUGGGGGACACACCUCAGCCCGGCCACAAGAACAGUCAGAGGCAGGGCCCCUUCUCCCAUGGGGCCCCAGGGAGAGCAGCCGGCUGGGAGGCUGUUGCCAAGCCCAGGCUCCGCGCACCUGCAGCCGAGGAUGACGUGGAAGCCCUGAGGUGGCCCGGGCCCUCCCGGCAGCCGGAUCCGCCCUGGGCAGCUCCCCACGUGGUCGGGUCUGAGGACCUCGAGGAGCCAGGCCCCUGGGGGAAGGCCUGCAGCCUGCCCAUGUGGUCCACAGGCCCGGAGGCCAGGGAUGGGGACAGCUCGGUGUCAUCGGGCCGCCUCUCAUGCUCUUCGGGGGGCCACGAAGUGUGUGUGUCCUGGAAGGAGAGGCCGCCCCAGGUGUUGGGGCCCCAGUGGAGGCCCAGAAAGAGUGACCCUCGGCUGGAGCAGCUGAGAGACAAGAUCCGGGCCCAGGUGUGGCGGCAGGAGAGCUGUGCGUCCCUGGGCACCUCAGCCCCCUCCAGCGCCUCCAGACUCCACAAAGCCUCCGCGCUGGCGCAUAGGAGGAAAACCCAAGAGGCAAAAAAUCCCCCUCCAGCCCCUGAAUGCUCAGGUUUCAGCAUCUUGAGUGCAGCUGAGCGCAGAGUUGAAGCCAAGGCAUCCCAUGGCCAGGGGCGCGAGCUCUCCAGGGUCUCCCAGCACCAGGUUCCUGUUCGAAGGGAAAAACCCAAAAGGGUCAAGAGCAGUUCUUGCAGAAGAGAGAAGACCCCCAAGUCGCCCUCCCCUAGAAGAGUGGCCAAAGACAAAGACGAAGAUUUGGAGCUGGUUGGUGUUUACGCCUGGAGAAAGGGACAAGCUCUGGUGAGGUCGCUGCUUGGGCCCCCUCCUGUCCUCCGCAGGCACCAUAGCAAGGAUCCCUCAAGAGACCCGGCUCUCACCAUGGACUCAGGAGACAGCGAGAAAGUCAUAGCUGCCGAGUGCUCACCAGUCUGUGCCCAGUUGCCCGGUGCCACCUCCGCCCACAGUGACCAGCAGGUGUCUGGGAACACACCCAGCCUGGCUUCCUUCGACCAGCCGGCGACCAUCCAGACGGCCAUGGCCAUCCUACAAGACCUGCGCCAGCAAAUCCAGGCUGGGCUGGAGCUGGCCCAGGCCCGCAAGGGAGGGCAAGAGCUCGGGCCGUCAAAGCGGAGGCUGCAGGACGUGGCAGGGAGGGGCCGCUGCAGGGACCCCAGUGCCCAGAGCUCCUUCUCUAAGGGUUCCUGCGCCAUGACAGAGAGGAAGCAUUCCUCUUCAGAGAGGGCCAGGAGUUUCCACGCCUGGGAGCCCUGGAGCUCCUCCACUGGACGGGAGUCCUGUCCACAGAGGGCCUGGGGGGCCCAAGGACAGGACCGCUCCUUCCAGAGGCCAGAGAGUCCCCAUGAGAGGUUGGGCCACUUCUCCCAGCGGCCCUGGAGUGCGUUGGCUGGGCAGGCCUGCAGUCCGCAGAGGGCCUCGGGGGCCCAAAGACAGGGCCCCUCCUCCCAGAGGCCUGACAGCCCCCCUGAAAAGCAGAGCCCCUUCCCCCAGCAGCCCUGGAGUGCCGCAGCCACACAGCCCUGUCCACGGAGGGCUUGGACUGCCUGUGAAGACUGGGAGGCCCCUGGCCCCAGACUGUGGAACCCUCUGGAAAGGCCCAGUCCUCCAGCCCAGCGGCCCUGGAGCAGCUCUGGCGUGCAGAGGGCCGGCCCCCAAGGCAAGGGCAGAGGCAUCGGCCCCCCUGCCUCGGCUGCCAAGCAUGUCCUGCCAAGGCCCACCGGGAGCUUCCCUCAGAACCCACUUGGGAAGGAGAAGGACGCGCUGCGGCCCUGCCCCAGGCCCCGGGGGCUCCUGGGACCCUCGCACAGCUCCGAGUCCUUGCGGGAGUUCAUACGCCAGAAGGCGCGGGCCCGGCGGCGGCAGGCCCUGGAGGAGAAGGCCUCGGCCCUGCGUACACGGGAGCUGAGGAGCCGGAGGCUGCAGGAGGUCUACCGGCAGCAGAGGGAGGUCGUCCUCAGCAGGGCGGUCCCUGUGGUCUCCCGGACCACCCCUGGCAUCGUGACCUUUGUCCCCAGUUCUGCACAGUCCGGGGGCCUGGAAGCCUCUGGGAGCCUGGAGUCCCCAGUGCUGGAGUGGAGCAAAGUGACCUCUGGCAUGGUGUUGGGGGGCCGGGAAGCCCCAGGCAGCUUCUGCCUGUGUUUGAACAGAGCCUGGAACCAUGCUGAGACCCUAGAGCCCCCAGGGAUGGGGGGCCCCCAAGAUGGCCGGGAUGCCCCCGUGCUGCUGUCAGCCUCACCCUCUCUGGGAUCCCUGGAGCUCCAGGACCUGACCACCCGCCACCUGCCCCGGGGGCUGUGUAUCGACCUGGACCCGAAGGAGGCUGAGCGCCUGGGCACUUCCAGCUCCCUGCACCUCCAGCAUAAGCAGGCGCGGCUGCAGGCGCUAGAGACCACAGCCAAAGUCCUCAAGCAGUGGGUCGAUAGCCUCACCGCCAAGCUGCAGGGUGCUGAAGCGCCGGACACUGUCAGGGACCCAGCUGUGGGCCUGCUGUGCUCGCGCCCCCACACCCUACCUGCCGCCCCCACGCUCGCCACCCCCACGCCCGCUGCCCCAGCCUGCCCCGGAGCCUUGGGGCCCAACGGGGGCAGAGGGGCACCUGGGGAAUGGGUGAGCGUGCAGCCCCAGCCCCGUCCCUCCACCUACUUCCUGGAUGGCGAGACACUGCCGUGGGGCCCCAGCUGGGAGCAACAGCAGAGCGUGAGCCCGAGGGCCCGCCGCGAGAGCAAGCCCCGAGGUUCCCCAGAGGAGGGACAGGUGGAUGUGAAACUGGACAAAAGGCUGCAGAGAGGCGUGGUCCCCUUCCAGGCCCUCAGCCCCUCUCCGGGGAGCUCACAUGCGGGCCCAGCCACGCUGCACCCUAUCUGGGGCUCCCUGCAACUGGAGGAGACGCCGUUGGCCGGAGGGGCAGACUCUGUGGCGCCCUGGAGCCCCCGGAGCUGUGGUCAGCAGGAGGACCCAUGUGUGAGACGCCUUCCCAGCACCCAGCAGAAGACCUCCAGCUUUCUGGAUUCUCUGAAGCUGGACCAGCAGAAGCAGGCGUUGGCCCUCCUGCGGCAGCGGGCAGAGCUGGAGGCCUGGGAGACGCAGCAGACCCUGGAUGGGCUGCUCUUCAGGAGGCGGCUGGAGCGGCUGAUGGAGAGACACUCGACCCAGGCCAGGCCAGAGGAGGCGUUGAAGCUGGAGCAGCCUCCGAUUUGCAAGGACGGAGAGCCGACCACAGCCUCUCAGAGCACAGGGACGGCCACAUCCAGGUCACACCCGCCUCUGGACACAGAUGCUGCCACGUCCUCCCAGGGUCCCAAGGACAGACCAGAGAGUAUGGUGGCCAAGCCAGCCUCUGCAGAGGUGGGGGGCCCUGACGGAGCCCUCUCCCAGCUGUCCCUGGCCAAGCUCUUCCCUCUGGACGACACCACCCACCAGAUGCUGGAGCGGAGCCUGCGGGAGGAGGAGCUGCGAGCACAGCACGAGGCCGCGCUGCUGCGCCUGCGAGAGAUGGCGCUCCAGGAGAAAACGCUCGCGGAGCUGGCCUGGCUGGAGCAUCGGCGAGGGUGCCUGGACAGCAAGAGGGACAGAGCUGUGCUGGCCGUGCUGGUGGAGAAGCAGCAGCAAGCCCUCAGCAGAUUCGAGAAGGAGCAGAGGGAAAUCCAGUACCUGGGACACACGCAGCUGUUCAGGCACCGAGACAGGAAGCUGCUUCUGCAGCAUCAGAGGCAUGUCGUCUCCAUGCCGGGGCCUGCAGACACCCUCCCCAUCCUGGGGCCUGUGGACACCCUCCUCAUCCCCGGGCCCAUGGACGUCGUCCCAGUGCACGAGCUGCAGGCCCGGGCCAAGCUGCAGCAGGGUUCCAGCCCCAAAGUCAAGGCCACCUGGGAGGGAGGCUCAGAGACAAGCCAGCAGCCAGAGGCCUUCCUGUGUCCCCUGACCCCACGCAGGCCCAGCAGCCCCACCAGCCAUCGUCCCCAGAGCAGCCCUGCAAGCUCGAAGGCCACGAGCCCUCCCACUGAGCAGCAGGAUGUGGUGCCGCCCCAGACAACCUCUGAUGCAGAUGGUCACCAGCAGCCUCCGAGGCCAGCGUGGGGCGAGGACACACACGAGCCCCAGGGCCCGCUGGUGGAGAGUGGCAGCCACGUCAGCCAAGGUAACGAGCAGCCGCGGCGACCGCCCAGGGUCAGACGGACGCUCAUCCAGUGGGCCCUGGGCAGUGCUUCUGCGGCCACCGUGAAGCUUGCUCAGCCUGAAGCCUCCCUCGCCGCAUGGCCACAUGUACCAGCUGUCACCGUUCGGGGGGCCAGCCAGGCGCCUGCACCCACCUGCACUGGUGACCUGGCUGUGUCCAAGGCCUGCCCCCCACCGGACCUCUGCGCCACCCCUGCCUCGCACCAGUGUCUGUCUUCCCUUUGCCCUCCAGGAGACCCUCAGACCAAGCCCGGCCCUUCCUUAGCGGGGAAGCCCCGGGAUCCGACAGACAGCCACGUGGGGAGCUUUGGGGAACGCAGCCGACACUCCUGGGGCAGAGAAGGUCCUUGUGGCACACAGGAAGCCAGUCAGGUGGCUGAGGGCAGCGUGAGCGAAGAGGACUCGGAAUUGGGGCUGGAUUUUGCUGAGAGCCCCGUGGAGGAGUCCCAGGAAACCGAGAGCUGGCGAUCGGGGGAGCAGAGGACGGAGGCCUGUCAGCAGGAGGUCCCCGGCGUCUCCUCCACCUGGCUGGAAGCUGCCCAGGCUGCUGCCUCCCCAGCAGCUCCUGUGGCCCCUGAGGAGGCGGCGCCCCCGAUCCUGCACCCGGGCAGUCCCCUUCUCCCUGCCACCUCCUCCUGCAGUCCAGGCUCUGAGUCUCCUUCCGGAACCUGCUGGGGGCCUUCGGAAGAAGCCACGGUGUCAUCCCACACCUCCCCAACAGGCUCUGUGAGCGGCCCGUCCUGUCCCUCUCUCUGGGAGUUCCAGAAAGCAGCGGCUACCCUGAUCCAGCUUUCUGGGAGCUCCACCUCUCUUCCUGGCUUGGAAGCUGAAGACUCCCCAGACGAAGGUUUCAGCUGGCCUGGAGAGCUCUCUGCCCGACACUCCUCAGAGGAAGCUGGCCUGCCUUUGUCCUGGGGGCCAAACCAGGGUGAGCCUCGGCCAGGUGGUGCUCCUGAGGGUGGAGGACGCGUGACCUCGCAGAGGCCCCAGGGCCAUGGGGCCGGCCCCCUGCAUGGCUCCUCCUUGGACACGGCCGUAGCAGAACGUUCAGCGCCGGAGCAAAGCCCGAAGGCAGGCUGGCUACUGCCUUUCCCAGACAUCCGCUCUCCAAGGUCAGGGUCAGAGCUGUCAGAGGCCUCCAGCAAAGUUUGGGACGAGGACAGCGAGGAGGACCUGCCAGAACCCCGUACCGGGGCCGAGCCAGCCUCACGGAGCUCCCUGCCUGCAGGUGGCUCAUUGGGCCUUGAAAGCAGCGUGGAGCCCCAGGUGGCUCUUCCCUCCCAAAGGCCCAGGGAGGGGCAGGAAGCUUCUGGGACCAGCGAGAGCCUGAUGGGGGUGUCAGACACAGGAGAAGCCCUCCAGGCAUCCCCUGAGCCCGCCGGUGUGGUGUUCCUGCCCCAAAUGUCUUCUGCCCGUGACUCGGACUCACUGCUGGUCUUUCCUUCUGGGACCUCUUGGAGUGAAGGGGCGGAUUUUGGCAAAGGAGGAGAGACUUCUGGCUACCAGGAGGGAACCCGGGAUGCUGACCCGAGUCCGUCCACCAAGAGCAAACUCCUGCACCUCAUGCCAGAGCCCAAGACCCUGCUGACCCUGCAGGCUCCUUCCGGGGACCCGGGCAGGCUGGCACCCCCAGUAGCUGAAAGCCAGGUGCCUGGGCCUGGUGGGAAUGGGGCCCCCACUGUCCUGGAGGAAGCCUGUCCCCCACUUGCCGGUGACGUCUUGACUGAGAUCCUGUCUCCUGUGGACGAGUUGCUGUCCUACGGCAGUGCCGACCUCCCGUCCUCCAUCCACAGGGAGGCCCCCCUACCCCCACCUCCUCCCACUCCCCAAGCACAGAGUGUUGGCGAAGACACCAACCCAUGCUCGGAUGCCUUCCCUUCCCCGCCCUCGGGGCCCCUCGGGGAGGACACCGCCAUCACCACCCAGGAUUUGUCCUCCAUGUCUGAGGAGAGUCUGCUGGAGGGACUGUUUCCUGGGCCCCAGGGGUCCGCGGGAACCCAGGAGUCGGGGCUCUGCCCAGGGGUGGCUGGACCAGGUGGAAGCGUUGAGGACCAGUUGGGUAGAUGCAAUUCUGCAGCAGGGGAUGAGGCCGGAGGCAGCCAGUGGCCUGAACCUGUCAGCUGGCCAGGGCACCCGUCGUGUGAGGGGUCAGGCAGUGCCCCUGGAGGGCUCCCAGGGCCAUCAGUGCAGCCCCCAGCUCCAUCCAGAGUGGCCUCUGUGGCCAGGGAAGGUCUGUCAGGGCUGUUGGCAGCUGGUGACGCGGACGUGAUGAUCGGCAGUCCAUCAGAGCACCGGGCUCCUGUUUUGGGCACAGGGUUCUGGGCUGAUGUGGCCUUUGAGGAGGUCUUGGGCAGUUGGGGAGAGCCCUGGGAAGGAGCGCAGAGCUCUGGGCGUGCAGAGAGCUAGGGAGGGGCGGGGCAGCUCUUAGUGGGUCUGGAUGAGCUCCUAGACACUGCUUCAUCUGCGGCGGGGUCCCUGGGCAGCCAAGCCUGCUUGGCCAAGACCCCCACCAGGGGCUGAGACCCCAAAGAAAUGCUGGGUAAGAGCCGGAAGGCAGCCACACCCCCACAGGCAGCCACACCUCCAUGUCCCUGGCCGGCAGCCCCAGCAGCCUCUCCCCCAGGCCAAGUGCCCUUGGCCACCAGUGGAAGAUCUGGGUCCCUUGAGCAUGCUGGUGAGGACGUGGAGGGAGGCCUGAGCCGCCAGCCAGAGGAGCCAUCCAGGCCUGAGGGUUCACUGGGCAGAAAGCCGCUCCUGGAGACAGACUCAGGCCGCUGUACCCAUCUCCCAGGUGUGGAGAGAGACCAGGCAGUGGACUUGGUCUCCACGCGGCUCACCAGGAGGGUCCUGCGCGACUCCUUAGCAGCUCUGUCCACACUGGCCCCCAGGUGCAGCCCCUAGGGAGUGUUUUCUGGAACUACAGAGAUGCACAGGCGUCCACCAUGUCAUUGUGAGCUGUGUGUGGCACACACAUGCACACGUGGGAGUAAGAACCUAGAGGCCUGGACCUUCCCAGGGUGGACCGGGUGGGCAGCUGGCUCUGCGGGAUGGUCGCCUGGACCUUCCCAGGGUGGACCGGGUGGGCGGCCGGCUGUGCAGGACGGUCACCUGAAGCUGGGCCCGGACUGCACACCCACUCCUUUGCAUCAAAGCCACAAAGAGGCAUCCAAGAAAAGGCGUUGCAGCCCAGAGGCAAGAACAGUCAGAGUCAUCGAGAGCAGGAACUAGGACAGGGGCGGAGCAGCGCCUAUGCCAGGAAGGGGGUCACGGGAAUCAGGGAAGGCCAAGAGAGGAAGAAAGAACAUUUGGGGGAAAGAAGAGCUGGGGUGGGCCCAGCUGGUGCUGACUCACACCCCUGAGCCCUGCUUAGAAGACAUUCGGGGGCAUCUGCCUGCUUUGACUUUGGAGGUUCCCCCCCGACCCAAACCGCCGGCAGGUGACGUGCAGCUGGGGGGACUGGGCAUGGGAGUCUCACACCUGAGCUGCACAGACCAGAGGAAGCCGCAGCCCAAGGGCCCAAGGUCAUUUCCCCGCAGCCCGCACAGCUGGGGGCUUGUCCUCUGGGGGUCAGUGGCCCAAGGUCUCUUCUGGAACGUGCUCAGGACUCGCUGUGCCUGGAAGGCCAGGGCAUCCGAUUUCUCCUGGUGCCAUGGACUUUUCUUUGUUUCCAGAGGAUUCGCUGGGACUCCUGUAAUUUCUCUGGGACCCUUUUGAAUUUGAGGGUCUCUCCUUGAAUGGGGAGUUGAUGAGCAGCGUGUUGGCCUUAGGGACAUCUGUGUCCCAGCACUGAUCCUUCCAGGAUGUGGCUUCUCCUGUCCAGGGCCUCAGGCCUCCUCCACUUUAAGAGAGGAGCACAGUCCAGACUUUAUGCAUGCAGUCUGGUGGAAGGCAUCACAAAGCUGGCCUGGCAAAGCCCUAAGAUGCCAGGUUACAGGACACACGGAGCUGCCAGGGCCCUCUACCCCAUAGCUCUGGUGAGGGACCCCAGGCCCCUUAGAACCCCUUUGGGCCCCCUGCCGUGAGGCAAGAGCCCCUCUCCAGACACCCCUUGCGGGGCAGCAGCUGGAUCCAGCCUGCCUUCUCCAGCCCUGGGGCGGCUGCUCAGCCCCAGGUGCCAUUCACAAUGGCCGGCCUGUGUCAGGGCCCCCGUUCACCGUGUGCGUGGGAAGCCCAGCUCGGGCCAUGCAUCGGAUUUUGCACCGGCUCCUGCCCAGCCCACCUGAGAAUGCAGAGGUUUGGAUCCAGUGGGGAAUGUGUUCCUGCUCCCUGCUCUCAAUUUCAGAACAAACUUUGAGCUGAGCUACAGCUUUCUCAUUGAUCCCCUUCUAGUCUUCUGAACAAAUUAGUCUGUGAUUUUUUAUUUUUUUCCAUUUAUUGCUGACCCUUUUGGAUUUAUGAGGCCGUGUGAGAGGAAUUAUGUAUUUCACACACAUGCAUCUGGCAGGACAAUAAAUCUCCCCCACUGAAGCCCCACAGAUUUGCAGCGAAUCUGAUGGCUUCCCGGCUCGCCGCCACAUGGUUGGUGCUGACGUGCGGUGCGAUGUGGUGGCGGCUGCAGUCACAGCUGGAACCAGAGUGACUUUCCCUGGGAGCCCAGCAGUUGCCUCACGUCGCUGGCAGGUGGCAAGGGUGCCCUUGAAGGGGGCUGGUCGUGAGGAAUGAAGGAAAACCCGGGCCAGGGCUUCCAAGGACAGCAGCCCUGGAGGGGGCCGGAGCCAUCAGGUUACUCUGACUGCCGGAGAAAAGGCUGCUCCACCAGAGGUGUAAACACAUUUAAUCUCCCAACACGACGUAUACAGAGCAGAGGGCUUUGGCAUUCAGAUCUAUUGACCGGGAGAGAUGGUAAUCCAAAGUCCCUCCCCUUCAAGGUCUCCUGCUGUACUUGCCGGGACUCUGAUCUGUCAUCACUGCUUGGGCCAAUAAAUCUUGAUACUAGCCUC